AAUUCCUUAAACGGCUGCCUUUUGCUGAGUUUUUCGAAAGUUGCUUGUCCCUCAUUCCUACAAAGGGAAAAUGCCAUUACAUACCCCUCAUAUUCUUAUCAAUUUCUCCUCUUCUUCCUCAACAUUAAAAGUGUUUUCUCCUGGUGAGAAAGCUAGCAAACCAAGAGAGAGAGAGAGAGAGAGAAGUGAUCUUGGAGAUGGGUAGAGGUAAGAUUGAGAUCAAGAGGAUUGAGAACUCAAGCAACAGGCAGGUGACCUAUUCCAAAAGAAGAAAUGGGAUCAUGAAAAAGGCUAAGGAGAUCAGCGUUUUGUGCGAUGCUCAUGUCUCUGUCAUCAUCUUCGCCAACUCCGGCAAGAUGCACGAAUUCUGCAGCCCUUCCACCACGCUGGUUGACAUGUUGGAUCAGUACCACAAGCUGUCUGGAAAGAGGCUUUGGGAUGCAAAACAUGAGCACUUGGACAAUGAAAUCAACCGAAUCAAGAAAGAGAAUGACAGCAUGCAGAUUGAGUUGAGGCACCUGAAAGGAGAAGAUAUAUCGACUUUGGGUUUCAAGGAGCUGAUGGUGUUGGAGGAAGCCCUCGAAAACGGAAUUACAACUCUCAAAGCCAAACAGAUGGAGUUCGUGCGGAUGAUGAGGAAACAUAAUGAAAUGAUGGAGGAGGAGAACCAGAACCUUCUAUUCAAGCUGCGGCAGAUGCAUCUGGACCCAAUGGAUGAUAAUGUGAUGGAGACGCAGGGCGUGUAUGAUCAUCAAGGUGUUGCAGACUAUGAGCAGCAGAUGCCCUUCGCCUUUCGCGUGCAGCCGAUGCAGCCUAAUCUGCAGGAGCGUUUCUAAGAACUUCCUACUUACCUUAAACUUUACAAAUAACUACACAACUUUGAUGUUUGUGGAAGACUAAUGUAAUGUAAUGUGUUAAUUUGUUUGUUGUCUAAGUGUGUGUGUGUGUGGGGUGGGGGGUGGCUGUCUUGUUCAAGCCUGAUUAAACCAUUCUCACCUAGGAAGUUGUUGUAACUUGUAAGAAGACUUUGUCAUGAACUAGUAGUGUGCUUUAUCA